AUGGACAGACAGUGGAAGCCCGCCCCCGCCGAGCUGUCGCCAGCCUGUCCCCGUUGCGGCUCGGCCAACACCAAGUUCUGCUACUACAACAACUACAACCUCAACCAGCCACGCUUCUUCUGCAAAGCCUGCCGGAGGUACUGGACCAAAGGCGGCUCCCUCCGCAACGUGCCCAUUGGCGGCGGCUGCCGCCGCAAGACCUGCCACCGCCGCUCCUCCUCCAACGGGCCCACCUCCUCCCGAAACCUACCAUCCAACCAAAAAAAUACUAACAAUGGUAACGAAAGUGAACCGGUCUCGAAUGGUCCCAAUGCUACUAUCGACCUAGCCGCUGUUUUCGCGAAUUUCGUCAACCCGGGCCCGCGGGCCGGUCGGGAUUCGGAUCACGGGCCGCCGCCGAAUCUUUCCGAUGGGGUCGGGAUUGGUGGUCCGCAAGCCGGGUUGUUGGGCCCGUAUAGUUGUUUCGGCCCGUGCUUGCCUCACGAAAACGGGAUUUUUGGAUGCUUGGGCGGGGUGAUUGAUCAACGGCAUACAUGUUUCGAGAUGGGAGGCACGGUAGAAGAAAAUGCAUCGGUUUUGGCGCCGUUGCCGGGUCACGAGGAAGGGUUUGUUUCAUCUCGAGACGAAAUGUUGUGGGGCCCACCGGGUUCGGAUGGGGUGUUGCGAGGUGAUCAUCAAAUUAUGCCGCCGCCGCGGGCCGAUAAUGGCGACUUUGUAGCGGGGGCAGUUGGGAAUAAUCCGGCGGUGUUGGAUGGAAAUGUGAGCCCAUUGUUAAGUCCGUUGAUCAAUCUUGAUGCUCUUUUCAGGUCCUGA